AGGAAGGAAGAAGAAUUUCCUCUAUAUCAACUUGGUUUGAAAUAGAAACAGUAUUAGGCUUGAAAGCUUUUCACCCAUUAGGAUUCCUUGCACUACACAGUCAUCUCCGUAUUGCCACUAUAAAAUCUCACUCCAGCCUUUAGUGUCCAGCCACAUAGUUCUAUUGAUUUUAUAGUUGAUCAAACUCAGAUUAUCUCUAUCCCACCAUGGGGAAUUGUCUUGCUCUGCCUUCUUGUCAUCUUUGCAAGAAAACAAAGGCUUUACCUAUUACAAAAAUGUUCAAUCUACCAUCUCCAUUGCCAACUUGGCCACCAGGUACGGGAUUUGCUAGUGGAAGCAUAAAUCUAGGAGGGCUAGAAGUGUGUCAAGUCUCAACCUUCACCAAGGUUUGGGCCACCCUUGAGGGAGGAUUGGACAACCUUGGUGCCACCUUUUUUGAACCUUCAUCGAUACCGGUCGGCUUCUUCAUGCUUGGCUGCUAUAGCCAACCUAAUAACAAGCCUCUUUUUGGGUGGGUUCUCGCCGGAAAAGACAACGGCAUUGACGCCUUAAAGAUGCCGGUGGAUUACACUCUUGUUUGGAGUAGUGAGUCUUUAAAAAUUAAGCAAGACGGAAAUGGCUACAUUUGGUUACCCACCCCACCUGAAGGUUAUAGAGCCAUGGGUCAUGUUGUUACAAGUUCGCCGGAGAAGCCACCCCUUGACAAAAUCCGAUGUGCCCGGUUGGACCUCACUGAUCAAUGCAAGCUCGACGCGUUGAUAUGGAGAGCAGAUAAGGAGAGCAGCACAAAUGGAUUGAAGAUUGAUGUGUAUGGGUUAAGGCCUACCAUUACUACAGGGACCCAACCUCAAGGUGUCUAUACUGGGGCCUUUAUAGCUCAAGUUGGAGAUGGAGAUGUAGCUUCUUCUUUACCUAUAGCUUGUUUAAGGAAUACUAAUGGUUCUAACUUGUCAGCUAUGCCUAAUCUGAGCCAAAUUAAGGCUCUAGUAGAAGCAUUUUCUCCAUGGAUCUACUUCCAUCCUAAUGAGCUAUAUCUCCCUUCUUCAGUGAGCUGGUUCUUCAAUAAUGGAGCUUUGCUGUACAAGAAAGGUGAAGAAUCAAAGCCUGAGUUGAUUGAUUCAAAUGGGAUCAACCUUCCCCAAGGUGGUUCCAAUGAUGGAACCUAUUGGUUGGAUCUUCCUAUAGAUGGAGGAGCCAAAGAAAAGGUGAAGAAAGGUGAUUUACAAAGCAGUCAGGUUUACUUACAUGUAAAGCCAAUGUUUGGUGCCACCUUCACUGAUAUCUCUUUAUGGGUCUUCUACCCAUUUCAUGGACCUGUAAGGGCCAAGGUAGUACUGAUUAAUAUUUUAUUGGGGAAGACAGGAGAACAUGUUGGAGAUUGGGAACAUAUUACCCUCAGGAUUAGUAAUUUCACUGGGGAGCUUUGGAGAGUCUAUUUCUCAAAACAUGGCAAAGGAAAAUGGUUGGAUGCUUCCCAAGUUGAGUUUGAAGGUGGAAAUAAGGUUGUGAGUUAUGCAUCCUUGAAUGGCCAUGGAUUCUAUCCUAAAGCUGGACUGGUCCUACAAGGGAACACUAGACUUGGAAUUGGAAUAAGGAAUGAUACUUCCAAGAGCAAAAUCGUAAUGGAUACAGGAUUGAGAUCUGAUAUUGUGUCGGCGAAGUACUUGGAUACCGUCAUCGAACCGCCAUGGCUGAACUUUGCUGGGAAAUGGGGUCCCAAGAUUAGCUAUGAAACAGCUGAAGAGGUUAUUGAGAGUCUCCCACAUGAGGGAUCUACUGGCCCUAAGAUGAAGAAUUGUUGGAAUGGAGAUGAAGCUUGAUUUUUAGAUUCCUUGGAACUUAAUUAGUUGUUGUUCGUGUAGUUUUUUGGUCAUUUUUGAAAAUCUUGACUGUAUUUUUUUUGUUGUCUUGUUCAAAUUCUGAGUCAUUUUAAAUACUACGAAGUUAUUGCUGAAGUCCAAAACCGAUUCCAAAACA